AAUGACGAACACAUCCGUCCCAAUGGGACUUUCUUCGUGACGUAUUAACACAAAUCAAAUCUGAUUGUCUUCCUGUCUGAUGGAAAGUAUUCAGACAUAUAAAACGAGGCGAGGGAUGAGACUAUUCAAAGAGACACGAGACCGCGAAAAGGAACUUUAAAAAGCACCUGGUCACUUUGGGAGAUUUGACUGGAGGUAUUUCAGGAACCCGAUCAGCGCGCGGAUCACAUCACCAUAGCACAUGUGUAAAGCAAUGCUCGUGAGGAACGGCUCUCAGCUUUUGCUCUUCAUAACUCUCUCCAGUGUUUUUUAUGCCCGGACCUUAAGUUUACCCUACGCCUCCAUGAGAGAUACAAGACACGCAGACGGGCUCUUCACAAGCGGAUAUAGUAAACUUCUCGGACAGUUGUCUGCCAGACGGUACCUGGAGUCAUUGAUCGGAAAGCGGGUCAGCGAUGAUUUGAUGGAAGACCAGGCGCCGAUGAAGCGUCAUUCGGACGCAAUAUUCACAGACAAUUACAGCCGCUUUCGCAAGCAGAUGGCGGUGAAGAAAUAUCUUAACUCUGUUCUAACAGGAAAGAGAAGUCAAGAAGACCCACCCAGCAUGCAGGAGGAAUCGGCCGGUGGCGAGACCACGUAUCGGGAGAGCUACGAUGACGUCACUGUAGACCAGCUUCUGAAUCAUAUACCAUUGCCGCUCUGAGGUCAGUUUGAAGAUCAAUAAAUGCAUUGAAACAAGCCCCGGACUGGUACAGUAAGAGAACCACAUAUUUGGACCUGAAGACUGCUGAUUGGACCCGUGACAUGAUGUAACUCCGUGCAUUUUGUAAAUUGAAUUAUUUUGUAAAGAUAUUUAUGUUGCUUCUGUGUGAAUUCUAACUCUAGAGGGAUCAUUUGGGUUUUGGGAGGGUCAGGCACUGGAAAUCUUUAUUUUUGCCAUUCAAAGUAUAAUAAAAGGUUGAAGAGCCAUAAAA